AUGCCGCUCUGCACCCUCCAUCUGGUCCGCCUCGACAGUGGCACCACCAUCCGAGGCUUCCUGAUCCAGCUGCUUCGCCACGCCUCGUCCUCCGAGGCCGGCCAAGGGUUCAGAGUGGUGACGGCCUCGCAGGUCCGCCAUCCCGUCGUUCUCGCGACUCGACUCGACUCGACGCUGCUCAACUCGACCAUGUGGGACCUCGUCGUCCUCCUUGCCCCGAUCCCAUCGACCUCGACCUCGACCUCGACCUCGGCACCGCCACCGACCACCUUCCCCGCAGCGCUCGAGGAGCAGCUCGCGGCGCACUACACGGUCGUCACGGGCGUCCCCUCAAAGCUGGUCGACGGCUACUCGGAGACGACGCGCCGCCUCAACGCCGCGCAGUCGCCGCCGCUCACCGCGCUCGGCUCGCCUCCCUCGACGACGCCGCCGAGCCGCUCCACCGCGACCGAGAAGACGGUGAGCUCGUCGCAGAACCUUGAGCUUUCCCCUACGCUCCUCGACUUCGCCUACCGCCUUCGACAGCACCUCGGCCACGCCGGCAGCGUCACCAUGCUCAACCUCAUGCACUUCCACUCGACCCCUGGCGCCAUGGAGAGCUACCACCGCUACGGCCAGGGCUUCGCCACCGUCGGCGGCUCAAAGGGCGGUAACGCCAAGAUCGUCGGCGUCGUCGUCCCGCCGCCCGCGCAGUCGUCGUACGACUCCCGCGGCGAUCGCCAGAGGGCCAAGCAGGACUGGUGGAACGAGUGCAGCCUCGUCCACUACCCCUCGAUCGACCACUUCUGCGACAUGGCGGCCGACCCAGAGUACCAGCGGAUCAACGCAGAGCAUCGCCUAGGAGCGCUGAGGGAUACGACGCUUAUCUGCACGACCGAGAUCGACCUCGAGGCCCUUGCCGGCGACUCGGCGUCGUCGACGUUGUAG